UAUAAUUAGAUGGACCAACAUAUUUCUCUAAUGAUUUCAAGAAUCAUCCUAGUGAUGACACGUGGUUACAAAAAAAUUGUAAUGUUUCUCAAUUAAUAUAGAGAGGAUUGAUCAACAAGUAUCUUUUUCUUAUUUGUUGCACAAAUCAACAUAUACCAAAUUAUGAAGAAAAUAUAUUUACAAAUCUAAGAUAACUGAAAUAUAUGCAUCCAACAAUUAAAGAAAGUUUUAACCUAUUUGGAACUAAAACAUUAUGGCAGGUUUCAAAAGAUAGAUGCAAUCAACUUAUGGUUCAAUAAACUCAAAGAAGAAUUAGAAGUUUUGGUUUAAGGUUAAGUGAAGAUUCUUUGACACUGCUUCCUAAAUAUGUGCGUGCGUGUUUAUAUGUAUCACGUAAUAACCUAAUUCUCCUGCUAAUCUACCUUCACUGAUAUUAUCAGAUGGUGAUCACAGAGAACUAUUUUCGAGAGGGAGAUAUAUAGACGCUUCCAUUUGCCUACUCUUAUUCAUUUAACCUAGACCAAGUGAAAUGUCAUUCCAAAGAGGUAGAGAGACAAUAGUAUAGAACAGAAAAAUUCAGUUUUUUUUUGUUUGUACUAAGGGCUUUCAGAAAAAUUCAUUUUUUAUUCACAUUUUAUAGAUUUUUAAAAAGGAUCCUUAAUAUCAACGAAUGAGGAACAUCGCUCCUUGUAUAAAUUAAGAAGAAAACGCAUACGACCUGAACGUGUGUACGUGAAAUUAAGAAGAAAACGCAUACGAUUGAACAUAAGAACGGUGGCUUAGGUGAGAAUUGGCCUCAAUUUCACCAAAGAGAAGCUACUUCCAUGGCGCAACAGCUGUUCCCAUCAUAUUCGUCAUCCUUUUUCAGCCUUUCCAUGUCAGACGAUAAUGUUACACAUCCCACCAGUUUUGCUGCUAACUAGUAUCGGGCAGGCCUGUUACAUGAUAGCUACCUAUAUGACUGAGCCGUGUUUAAUACUAUCGGGCCUAAAUUUUAUAAUGCUCGAUGAUUAUCGUUAAAGCAAAACGGCAGGCGUGGAGAAGCUUGUACAGUGAAACGACACGAAAUAUGGAGAGAUAAAUAUCGGCUGAGACAUGGUGUUGGGUAAGAGAAAACAAAUGUCAACAUCAAGAAAGAAAAGUAAAUUUGAACAGUCUUUAGAUUUGUGAAAAAGCAAUAAGAUAUAUAAAAUUCUCAGUCACGCCACGAACUAUGGGACCCACCUCCACCUCCUUUUUGUCGCUUCCUGUCGGUCUUCUCAUUCCUCUGCUCUCCCUCGUCCUCUUUUUCAAAAUUGUGGUCCUUGAAAAUUUCCAAAUAGAUGCAAUCCAUUCUUAAUUUAUUAAUUAAUUUGCUUUUAUAAGUCGUGUAGUAUCAUUUAUCUAAAAGCGUACAGGGUUAAUUAAGAACUUAAGGUUCUCGUGAGGUUUUUUGUUGUAUAUACAUGUUAUAUUUCACUGAAUACUUUUAAUAAGAAAUUGAUCUUUAUCACUUUCAUUAAAAUUCAGCUUUAGAUUAUAUGAUGUAAUGACCAUUUUUACAUCUGAAAAGCCAAUAUAACGUUUUAUAUCUAACGUUAAUGUUAGUAAUAUUGGGUUUGUUUGGUAAUACCGUAAUAUUAUGAAACAUCAGUCGUACCAACACCAACAAAGGAAUAGUAGAAUGAUAAAAUAUUAUUUUUAAAAAUGUUUUUAUCUAGGCUUAUCAGUUUCAUAAAUCUAGAUCGGUGCCAGUAUAGUAUACUAUUGAAUUGUAAAGUCUAAAGCAGAGCUAAAUUUAGGUGUCAAAACCACUAGAUCACAUGUCCGCAAGACAUGUGGUGUAUAUACAUAUAGGUAUGGUAUUGGGAUUUUAAAAAUCUAGCUAGGCGAUUUGAUGGACCAUAUGGCCAACAAAUAGUAUCCAAUCACAAAACGGGAGGCCAAGAAAUAGCAUACAACUCAUAGUUCCACUCACACUAUGCAUUAUAUGAUGCACAGAAGAGUUAUUUUAUUUUAACAAAGGACAUAAUUCCCUAAACACGAUUUUUCUCUUAGAAAAGUAUAUUCUAUCAAGAGGGACCAGAAUGAGCUAUCAACAGAGAGCGGUCACGAGACAUCAUCACUAGUCAAAAUCAACAACCCAACUUUUUCUUUUUCCUCCUUUUAUUCUUUUAACUGGGUAUUUUUCUUGAUAGUUUAGUCCAUAGUUUACUCCCGAAUUGGCUGGAUGAUUCAAUGAAAUUAAAAUUCAUAAAAUAAUCUGUAAAUUAAACCCUUAGUUCAUCUUUUUGAAUUUUUCAUUUAGUUCAUAUUGAUUACCUAAAUGGCAUAUUAUCACUUUAGCCAAAAAUGUCAUUCUAAAGUCUUACAUUUAAGUUAGGAUGACGCAACGAAAUAACAGUUCAUAAAAUAAUAUGUAAAUCAAACCAUUUAGUUUAUCUUUUUGAACAUUUCAUUUAGUUCCUACUGAUAAUCUAUAUGGCACAUUAUCACUAAUAAAAAAAAAGGUAUUCUAAAGUGUUACAUUUAAGUUAUUAGACAUAUAUAUAUAUAUAUAUAUAUAUAUAAAAGUUAUAAGGCACAUACAUGUUUUUAUUUUCAAGAUCCAAUCAUCAUAAUUAAAAUAUAGUCCAGUAGAACUGAUAUGAAAUAACAAAAGGAAUUGCAACAUAAAAAGAAAAUAGCAAAUAUAAUAGAAAAUAUAUUUUCUGGUUAUUUUUAAAUUUCACAUGUUUUCUUGGUCAUCUAACCUAAAAAUCUAAAAUCUCUAUUUUGUGUUUCCUAUUUAAAAUGCAUAAGAAAAAUGUUUAUAUAUAUAUAUAUAUAUAUAUAUAUAUAUAUAUAUUCUAGGUUGAACCAAAAAUAAAGAAGAGAUAUUCUCUAAAAUAAUAAGUUAAAAAUUGAGUGCUUCUCUUCUCCGUUCUUCGCUGGCUCUUUUUCAUCAUCCAUAAAGUUAAAGGCAACGCAUAGAAGAGCCAUCACUCACAAACAAAGUAAAAGCGAAAAAAAAAACUCAAAAAAUUCUUCUCUUUGGCCUUUUACUCAAAACCCACACAUAUCUUUCUCUGGCUUUCUCUUUGUCGGAAGUUAUGGACGCUACGAAGUGGACACAGGGCUUUCAAGAUAUGAUGAACGUUAAACCAAUGGAGCAAAUCAUGAUUCCUAAUAACAAUACACAUCAAUCAAACACCAUGUCCGAUGCAAGGCCAAAUACCAUUCUUACAUCUAACGGCGUCUCAGCCGCAGGAGCCACCGUCUCCGGCGUAAGUAACAACAAUAAUACGGCGCUUGUAGUAGAGAGGAAAGCAAGACCACAAGAGAAAGUAAAUUGUCCAAGAUGUAACUCAACCAACACAAAGUUCUGUUACUACAACAACUAUAGUCUCACACAACCAAGAUACUUCUGCAAAGGUUGUCGAAGGUAUUGGACCGAAGGUGGCUCUCUUAGGAAUGUUCCCGUUGGCGGAAGCUCAAAAAAGAACAAGAGAUCAUCUUCAUCAUCAAACAUCCUUCAGGCAACACCAUCUUCACUUGGUUUGACUACAACACUUCCAGAUCUAAACCCACCAAUUCUUUUCUCAAACCAAAUCCCUAAUAAAUCAAAAGGGUCAUCACAUGAUCUCAACUUGUUGUCUUUCCCGGUCAUGCAAGAUCAAAAUCAUCAUCAUCAUCAUGGUCACAUGUCUCAGUUUCUUCAGAUGCCCAAGAUGGAAGGAAAUGGCAACAUAACUCAUCAGCAGCCUUCGUCCCUCCAUGGUUCUUCCUCGUCUCCUGUUUCAGCUCUUGAGCUUUUAAGAACAGGAGGUAAUGUUUCUUCAAGAUCAGGGAUCAACUCAUUUAUGCCUUCUGGUCCAAUGUUGGAUUCAUCAAACAAUGUGCUGUAUACUUCUUCAGGGUUUCCAACAAUGGUUGAUUACAAGCCAAGUAACCUCUCUUUCUCUACUGAUCAUCAUCAAGAGAUGGGACACAACAACACCAGUAGGUCUGAUGAUCAUAAUGAUCAUAAUCAAGGUAGGAUUUUGUUUCCAUUUGGGGAUCAAAUGAAGGAGCUUACAUCAAGCAUAACACAAGAAGUUGAUCACGAUGAUAAUCAACAACAAAAGAGUCAUGGUGAUAAUAAUAAUAAUAGUUCUUCAAUCCCUAAUACUGGAUACUGGAGUGGGAUGUUCAAUACUACAGGAGGAGGAUCUUCAUGGUGAAGCAAAAUGAUCAAAUGGGAUUAUGAAGUUAGCUUUCUAAUUUUCUUUCAUGAUAUUUUGCCUCAUACUGUCACAUGGGGUAUUUUAGUUAAAGUUGAGAACUUAGCUAACACAACUUAGUCUUUUUUAUUCUCCUUAUUUUUUUGUGUUUUUCUUUUGUUUAAUUAAUAUUUGUCUUUAAACGUUUUAUAAUGGGGUUUGAUGGUUAUUCGAGUUGGUUUUUCACUUUUGUUUGAUGAUUACUAAUAUAUGUAUAAUGGAGUUAUAUAUGGGUAGAGAUGAAAAUGUGUAUU